AUGGAGGAUUUUAAUGAGUUUAUUGAGAGUUGUGGCCUAAUUGAUAUGAAAUCGGAUGGAAGUAAAUUUUCUUGGUGCAAUGGUCAGGGGGGUUUGGUGAGAAGUUGGUCAAAAUUGGAUCGAAGCUUGGUGAAUUCUUUGGCAGUGGAGCUGUUUCCUGAUGCUAUAGUGCACUAUUUGCCAAGGACGACCUCAGACCAUGCUCCGUUGAUGAUUCAUUUGAAACCUGUUGCCUUGCAUUAUGGUCCAUCGGCCUUUAAAUUUCAACAAAUGUGGGUUUCACAUGUGGAAUUUAAGAAGGUGGUGAUUGAUACCUGGAAUGGGUCUUCGGGCGAGAUGGGUUUAUUUGGCUUAGCUGGAAAACUAAAAAGAAUGAAGGUUGUUCUUAAGGACUGGAAUGUUAGGGUCUUUGGCAAAAUGGAUGCCCAUAUUUCAGAGCUGGAACAGCGAAUUGAAAGCCUAGAAAUUCAGCUCCAAAACAUGUUUUCAGAAGAGAUUGAGUUAGACAUGUUAGUUGCUCGGGAGGAGUUGGCAUUUUGGACUCAAUGUGAGGAAACUAGGUUGUCGCAACAGGUGAAAUUAACUUGGAUAGCGAAGGGCAAAGCUUCAGCACAAUUCUUUAAAGCGUUUGGCUCUAUGUCUAAAACGAUGGUUCAUGAAAUGCGUCUUCAGAAUGGUGUUUAUCUAAGGAAUCCAUUUGGGUGA